AUGUCAAACCUGGAGUCGGCAAGAGUUUACGAAAUCGUAGUAGAAAAUGUCAUCAAUGAGGUAAGGGAAGAUUUUGAAAGUGCAGGCAUCGAUGAGCAAACACUUCAAGAUUUAAAAGCCGUAUGGCAAUCUAAGCUGUCCGAUAGUCGGGUGGCAAAAUUCAUGUGGGAUCCGGAAGAGGAAUCUGCAGUGCAGGCGCAGAUGCGCAAUUCGGCGAUAGGUCACGAUAUAAUGGAUUCGCAGGGUCUGUCUCUGCCAAGUCUCUCUCCUGCCGACGGCAAGAGUGAAUUAGGACAACAUCAAAGCCCUAUGACUCAAAAAAAAUACGAAGAACAUCCGAAACAAGAGAUAGAGCUGAGCAUGGACGAUCCAGAUGGGCAAAUUGCUGAACAGCUGAAAUUACAAGCCAAGCAGGCCAAAAAGAGUGCACUUUUGGAAACAGAUGAGAUUAACUCAGAUUUAGAUGAUUCUGAAGAUGAUUAUCUAAAUUCAUCCGGCGAAGAUGAAGGUCAGGAUGAGAACAUAGUUUUGUGUCUAUACGAAAAGGUGCUGAGAGUCAAGAACAAGUGGAAAUGUAAUCUAAAAGAUGGUCUGGCGACCAUCAAUCAUAAAGACUAUGCCUUUCAGAGGGCACAAGGUGAAACAGAAUGGUAA